GCCAACUUUGCUACGCACUUGGGUCAUCGCAUGUGGCCCUGUCUAGGCCGUGACGUCGGGGCCCGAGCCCUCUCAUACGCCGCUUCACGGAGGAUGCUGGGUCGUGUGGCGACCAAUUUGCAACGUUAUUAGCCUGGACUCACACCCAUGAGUGCGCGAUCUUGAGCGGACGCGCGGUCGCGCUGCGCGUUACGAGGUGCGCCGACGUCGUGCGCGUCGGCAGCAGUGGCACCGAUCGUCGCCACCAGUCGUGCUCGGUUGCCUCUUGGGCAGAGCCACUCUGGCGCAGAACGCGCCAGGCGACGAGGGCGGCCAGUACACUGUAUGCUGGCUACUUGCUUGUAGGAUCCGCAAACGCACCCAAUUGGUUAAAAACCACGCGUUUCCAUACAAAAAGCCAAACAGAAUUUAAAAAAUCGAAGCCACACGCUUCGAUAUUUCGUCGACCAGCUGCUGCGCGACCACCCUCGGACGCAACUGCGCCGGUCAUACCGACAAACGACAGAAACACCAAGCAUGAUCGUCCUGCCGUUCGUCUUGCUGGCGCUCGCAGGCGUCUGCGUCGCCGGUAUCAUCGUGUAUGCCUGCACGCACAAGCCCGAGGACGAGUGGAGGGAACGCACCGAGCCACUCAUGGCCACAUGCGCCGUCGAGACGCCGAUCGCCGUGCACAUUACACUGCCGCAAGAAACAUCAUCAUCUACCAUCGAGGCAGCACAUAGCCAAGCGCCAAGUUGUUGCACAUGCAGAGGCUGUGGCGCGACCAUCGACCCGAGUCUGCUCGACCUCGCCAACGGCCUCUGCGUCGCCUGCAGCUACCAGUCGAUCCGCGUGCCGUCGCUCGAGAUUGACAUGCCCAACGACGACGAAGAGGAGGAGGUCGACACGACGGGCGAUGUGCACUCGUACCGCGACACGAACGAGGACGAGCUCGUGAGCUACUACUACAAGAGCGACCAGCCGCCGACGACCGACGAAGGUACGACGGCCGAAAUGGAGAGCCCGCAAGAUGAUUUCGACUACGACCAAGGCGCGCCAGCCAAAGAGAGCAUCCUCGAGCCGUACCUCGAGAUCGACGUCGACGGUCUCUCGCACGAUAUUGACGGGUCCCUCGACGAGUGCCCACAACACGACGACGAGCAGGACGUGGCAGACGAAGACGUCGAGAUUGCCGAAGAGGCCCUCUCGCUCAUCCAGGACAUGUGGGAUAUUGCGUACCAAGCCCACCUUGGCGUCAGCGAUGCCGAGGUCGCAGACGCCUUUGCGGCCAUGGCGCUGGAUUUGGAUGCGACCGCCGACGCGAUCCAGAAGGAGCCGCACCUCUUGUCCGAGUCGUUCCACUUUUUAUCGCAGUCGCUCGCGUCGCUGCUCGAGCUCGUGCCCGACGAGUGGAGCUCGCAUGUUGAAGCGACUGAGCUCAAGUUUGAAGCGCUCCAGUUUCGGUACCACUCGAAGCUCACGGUCGAGUGCUGCUUGGACUUGGUGUCGCAUUUGUACGAGCUUGUCGAGUGCGCCAAGACGUUUGGUGUCGACGCCGACGUCGCCGGAUCGCUCUUGGAAGGCCUCGAAGAGCUCGCCGCGGCCGUGGAAGAGACGCCGUGCGAGCUCGUCUCGUGGCUCUCGUACCUCGGCGCGACGGUCAAGCUGCUCAAAGCCUACGAACGCGACUUUGCCAACGCGUCCAUGUGGGAAAACGUCAUCGAGUGUGAACGGAAUCUGGAGCCGCUGCAGAUGCACUGCUGGGAGAUUUACUCGCCUUGCUAGCGCCAUCGGAGUUAUUUAGCGCCCUUUUUGUACCCUAGUAGUGAAUAUAUGUCGAGUGGACUUGUG